CUUCCUCUAUGUGAGGAGAGAAGCACUUUUGUAGAGGACAUUGUUGUUUAUCCGCUUGAAAACACGUUCUCAGCAGCGCUAUGAGGACAUUAUUUAUCAGAAAUCGUUUGGACAUAUUUUGAGGAAUAUGAUUUUAAACACUGCUUUCAUCUGUCUAUGCAUUCUGAUCACAAAUGGUGUGUUUUGUGUUGAGGAUGAAGUGAAGUCAGUGUCAGUGAUGGAGGGAGAAUCUGUCUCUCUAAACACUGAUGUUCAAGUACAGAGAGAUCUUCAGAUACAGUGGACAUUUGGACCUCAAAACACUCGAAUAGCUGAAAUCAUUAAAAGGGACCAAAUGAACUAUGUAUUUGUCACUAAUGAUGGGAUAUUCAGAGACAGACUCCAGAUGGACAAUCACACUGGAUCUCUGACCAUCAGAAACACCAGAUCUGAACAGACUGGACUUUAUGAACUGACUGUCACCAGCAGUAGAAAAACACUGAAGAGAUUCAAUGUUACUGUCUAUGCUCCUCUGCCAAUUCCUGUCAUUUCCAGUAACUCUUCAAACUGUUCUUCAUCAUCAUCAUCAUCAAGAUCAGUGUCAUCAGUGUCCAGAUGUUCACUGGUGUGUUCAGCUGUGAAUGUGAGUCAUGUGACUCUCUCCUGGUACAAAGGAAACAGUUUAUUGUCCAGCAUCAGUGUGUCUGAUCUCAGCAUCAGUCUCUCUCUACCUCUGGAGGUGGAAUAUCAGGAUAAAAACACCUACAGCUGUGUGAUCAACAAUCUCAUCAGAAACCAGACCAAACAUCUCACAGCCAAUGGACUCUGUCACUCAUGUCAAGAACAGAGUCACCGUUCCUAUACUAUACCAGUGGUAGUUGGCGUGUUGUUAUUGGUGGUCAUGAUUGCUUUUUUUGGAGGGAUUGUGUUCUGGCACAUCAAGAACCGUAGACAAGCACCACAAAGCGUUGAAAGUGAAGAAAUACAUUAUGCUACAACAACAUUCUUUGCACGUCAUUUACAUCAUAAGAAAUGCAAUGAAGAAGAUGACAUAGUGUACUCAAGUGUUAUCGUGAGCUAAGGAGCAAAAUUACUUAUAAUAUUUUGUCAACAAUAAUUCAGGUUUACUGCAGUAUAAAGCAGUGUUUCUCAACUGGUGGCUCAUGACCCAAAUAUUGCUCAGAGGGAAGCAAUACAUGCAAAUAUUUAAAUGGUACUAAUCUUACUGUAAUCAUAGAUACUGUAAGUGAAAUAGUUUGGAAGGACAAAUUAUUUUGAAAAUGGAUGAAUUUAGAAACUAAAGGUUUCAUAUUUAGCCUAUUUAAUGUUAAUAAUGAAUAUGCAGCUCAUAGCAUUACUAUAACUUAACCCAUAGUAUAAUUUCUAGUAUUAUUACUUUGACUUUAGUAUUAUUAAGCAUUUCUGAUGUAAAAUUUGGGUCUGGAAAUGAAACCAGUUGAGAAUCACUGAAGCAGAAUGUAAAAAUGUAUUAUUUUUUAGUUAUUUAUUUGCACGCUGCCAUUUUAUCAUGUGAUUGUCAGUUAACAUGAUCUGUGAAAGAGUGGAGUCAAAAACAGCUUCAUAAUCCCACAAGAACUGCCUACGGAGCUUAAAAACCUGUCUCGACCUGAAAUGAAUACUUGAGCUUGUGCUACAGCUGCCUUAAAACAAGCGACAGUGUUUGUGCAUUUCACUGUAUUUCAGCAUUAUUUCAUGAACACUGUGCUGAGUGGAAUUCAACACAAUAAACACUUUAUGAAGCUUUUAUUAUUAAAUCACUUUUCUUACACUUUUUUUCCUCAAACCUAAAACAAUCUAGUCCCUGAUAGCUUGUAAUGUAUCAAACCCCAAAUUACACAAAAAAAAAUUAUGAAUUGAAUUCUUCAAGUUAACAUAUGAAAACCAGCUUGCUGUAAUCUAACAAUCACUUCAGAAGUUACUGAAGUAUUCCUGCAUGACAGGACAUGUUUCCUCAGGUUUGGCUCUUCUCCAAGGCGGGAAAACUGGAAUGUUUUCUGUCUUCAUUCUAUAGGUAUUACCACCUCCUGUCUGGAUGUAAUUUGGGCAUAGUAGGUGGAGCUAGAAGGUCCAACUACACUCCAUAACUCUACCCCUCCACCCAUUAGAUACACAGAGGUGGAGCUGGACUAGGUCAAGGUCAACCCAUGACGUCUAGAGAGGUGGAGCUGGAUGUGAGCACCACAUGUCCAAAUGGUUUGUUUAUAAGGUCAACUUGAGGGUCUUCACCUAGGCUCCUCCCACUUUGAGGUCUCUGGGCUGCAGCAUAUGUCCAUCAUCGAGGUCAGGGUUUGUUUUAGUUGAGCUCUUGACCCUUGCC